AUGACUCACAAAGGUACUACUGAGGUUUCAUCAUCUAGACCUAAUAGACAGCGUCACAUGGCCUCAAUGAGGAGACAGAGAGUGGCUCCCCAAGAUCACUUUGAGGAUGCUACAGAGGUUGAAGAUGUAGCUCCUACUCAUGAUAGUAAUGUUGACGCAGAGGUUGAAGAUGUAGCUGCUACUCAUAAUAGUAAUGUUGAGGUACAUGCCGAGCCUACUGAGUCAUCCCGAGAACGUGAGCCCCUUGGGUGUAUGUCGAAGACAUCUACCCUUUGUGAGUGGAAUUGGUGGGGUAAUCCAAAUAAUGGUAUAUUCAAAGGGUACAUUCAAAGGUCUGGAUUAGAGUAA